UGUUAAAAUUUGGGUUUCUUUCACUAGCAAGUUCCUAUUCAUGGCUUCUCUUAAGAUGUUUCUCCAAACGUAUUGGUAUUUCUUUACCAUCUUGUUUUUCAUUCGUCAUUGUUCAUGUUUCAAUCCUAAACUCUCAGAUGCUUCGUCGCUGGCUGCUGUGUCUGCUGGAGCUACAUGGUACGGAGGACCAUUUUCUGAUGGUAGUGAAGGUGGCGCUUGCGGUUAUGAGAAGGAUGUAGGGACACCACCUUUCGCUUCGAUGAUAUCAGCUGGUGGCCCUUCUCUUUUUAAGAACGGUAACGGGUGCGGUAACUGUUAUGAAGUGAAAUGCACGGCAGCCGCACAUCCAUCUUGCUCAGGAAAACCAGUACGUGUGGUAAUUACAGACUCUUGUCCAGGUGGACCUUGUGUUCAAGAAUCAGUCCAUUUUGAUUUGAGCGGUCCUGCUUUUGGAGCCAUGGCUAUUCGCGGCCAAGAAGAUAGAUUGAGGAAUGCUGGCCACGUGCCAGUACAAUAUCAACGAGUCAAAUGCAACUACCGCACCAAUAUAGUGUUUAGGGUGGAUCCUGGUUCGAACCCUUUUUUUUUCUCUACUCUGGUUGAAUAUGAAAACACAGAUAGCGAUAUCGUUUCCAUUGAACUUCGAGAUAUAUCUUCGAAUUGGAAACCAAUGCAGCGAUCAAUGAGUGCUAAGUGGAAGUUGAACUCACCAACUCCAUUGAAAGGUCCAUUUUCUCUUCGUCUCAAGGCAGCUAAUGGGAGGACGAUUGUUGCCCAAAACGUUAUUCCAGCAGGGUGGCGACCUGGUGCUACAUAUCGGUCCAACGUCAAUUUUUAAUUGGUGAUUAAUAGUAGCUUAUUAUCUCAUUAGUAGGUUAUAAUUAUUAUAAUCAUAGAUGAGUAUCAUGGAAUCUAUUUUGUAACUAUGAGCUAUUGGAUUAUUCCUGUUAUGA